AUGCACGAGCGGUCCAAGACCCCGUGCCUGAGUGAUUCCUGUGAUUUUUCCAUGUACGAGGCUAGCACUUCUUGGGCCGGCAUGGCCAUGAAGAGAGGGCGUCCCCUCGUCCGAAAAAGAACUUCUAGCUGUCUUCCCACCCGUGCGACAGCACCUCCUUCUAAGCUCGAGGCCUUCCGUAGCCCAAUGCUGAUUGGCUCGAGCGAGCUCACAGAGGUGCCAUCCUGGACCGUUCUUCCAGGGCCUGCCAGAGCCAGGAAGGCGUUGCGUGCCAGCCAUGCGCGUCCGCCCAAGUUGGCGAAGGUGCUGGCAGAGUCCACCUUCAUGCAGGGCAGGCGGCCGCAGCAGGAAGAUCGGCACGUGAAGAUCCCGGACCUGACGAAAGCUGCCAAGGCACUGAAGAUGCCAAUCGACCACCUGGAGCAGCCCUGCGCAUUUCUGGCGGUGUAUGACGGGCACCGCGGCCCUCUCUGUGCGGAGUUUGUGGCCAAGUCCUUGCAUCUGAGACUCCUGAAGCAUCUGACCCAGACGACCACAAAGAGCAGCGAGGAGAUUGGUUCGGCACUGAAGACGACGUGCCAGGAGUUGGACGAAGAGUUUCUGGCCAAGCACCGCACAACGGUGGAUGGGUGCACGGUGGUUAUGGCGCUUCUCACGGGAAGUCUCCUGACCGUCGCAUGGCUGGGCGAUUCCCGUGCGCUUCUGUGCAGAAGCACUUCCGCUGGGGGCGUUGCAACGGUCCCGCUCACACAGGACCAUCGACCGAGUGCCUCAGCGGAGGCAGAUCGGGUGCGAGAAGCUGGCGGCAUGAUCGUAAACUUCGACGGAGCGAAGCGUGUGGCACACGCUGGGUUUGACAACCAGAUUCGCGAGCUUCGCAGGGCGAAGGCUGCCGGGCUCGGUGCCGUGGGUCGACCCCCGGUGGCCCUGGCAGUGACACGGGCCAUGGGAGAUCGUGACUUCAAGGUGGACAAGCCCUUGCUCGUUGCGACGCCCAGCGUCCGAAGCUUUCAGCUGGAUGCGUCUGUGCACUUCAUUGCGCUGAUGUGUGAUGGAAUCACGGAUGUUCUCAGCAACGAAGAGAUCAUCUUCGAACUGGACUUCUUGCGAGAUGCGGCAGAUGCAUCAGCCAAUGCCCGGAAAGCCUGCGGUGACUUGGUGCAGAAGGCGUACUCUCGUGGAAGUCAAGACAAUUUGACAGUCGUCAUGGCUUUCUUUGAGUGGGAGGGCGUGGAGAAGCGGAGCUCGGGAGCGGUUGGUCCAGUGGAGGUGCCACCAUCGAAGCGGGCGCGCUCAGGCCCAGGUCAGAGCAGCUCUCCGGCAAAUGCUGCAUCAGCAGGAGAUAAACGCCGCUGUAGACGCAUCAGCUGGGAUGAUGCGAUGGCGGUUGCUGCCACCCCGCCUGUAAAUUAUCCGCGUGGCGAGCCGCCAACACGAUGUGCGGAGUGCGGGAAUGUCCUUGUGGAUGCCCUGGUUCUGUCCUGCGGCCACGACCUGUGCCUGACGUGUGCGGCCAGUGCUUUGCGCCAGACGCGCUCGCUGAGCGGCCGGACAGUGCGAUGCCUGCUCUGCCCUAGCAUCACAGAGCUGUGCGAGGAAGCAGUUGCAGCCUUGACGGAGCAGAAACUCGAGACCGGUGGCUUGCUACCUCAGCUGCUGCCACAGCCACAGGCCUGCUCGAUCUGCUCUUCGUGGAUUCAACCCCCAGGUGCACACAGCAGCACAGCUUUGUAUCCACCUCGAAUACCGAACGAACGAACAGGAACCGGGCGCGGGUUGCGGGAGGCUGAGAGCCCUCACAGCCAGGAUGGCUCAGCACAACGGGGCAUGACAAAAGCGGCACUCGCCCGGCCCCAGCAGGUGUCGUCGACAGCCUCAGUCAGCCCGGUCCAGUGGCAAAGAACACCGGAACCGCUGGCUGUGGAGGAGCCGACUCGCCCGUCGGGACGAACAGUCCAUAUCUACAGGUGCCCAGAGCAUCCGGAAGAGCCAGCCACCUACUUCUGUGCAACUUGUGAGUGUCUUUGCAUCUGCGCUGAGUGUGUGAUUCAAAAGAAUGGCCGGCACCGUGAUCAUGAGGUCUUGCGUGUGGCAAAGGCACACGAGGUUCGGGCGGUGGGGUCGCAGCGAGAUGUUAAUUUCACGGUCCUGCUAAUUGCCAGCGAGCCAUUCAGCAACUCUUCGCAUUUGAUGUUUCCUCUCGAGGUUGUAGUUUCGCAGCGCUGA